ACGCUGUUGAUUAUUGUUUAUGUUUCGAGCUUUCUUAUUUCAUAGCGGUGAUUACAGAGCUCACACCGUCCAGUGCAUCCAGUCUCUCAGUGAUGAUUUAAGUGUCUAAAGAAAUAUCAUAUUAUUAUCGCAUCAGGAAAUGAACAAUCCAGAAUUGUAUGCUGAAACUAAUGGCCUCGCAGGAGUGUCUGCCAAAUUUGUCAUUGACAAAUAUGGCAAAUGGCUUACAUGGAAAGAUAGCGAAUCCAUCAUGGAGUUCGGAAUUGGAACUGGAAAUACCACGAAGGAAAUCAUUCUACCACGGAUACCACAAAAUUUCGCCGAAUAUGUUGCUACCGAUAUCAGUAAAGCGUUUGUUAAUGCAGCGAAGAGCACGCUAGGACAACAAACAAGAUUUCAUUUCAAGGAUUUCGAUAUCGAAAGUGAGAAAGUACCUUCCGAUUUCAUAGAGAGAUUCAACCAUAUCAUGUCUUUUAUUGCAAUGCACUGGAUUAAUACGCCAAGGAAAGCAUUCGAAAAUAUGCUUGAAAUGUUGAAGUCAGACGGAGAAAUAUUCCUGAUGUAUUUCGAUAAAAGCCCCAUAGAUGGUGCUCUAGAACAACUGGCUAAAAUUCCAAGAUGGGCUGAAUAUGGCCACGAGAACUUCAUUUCACCAUAUUACUAUAGUAACGACCCAUUGAUAGCAUGCGAGGAGGACAUGACAGCAGCAGGAAUAGAAAAUUAUAAAAUAAGGAUUGAAAAAAUGGUAUAUCGCUUCCCCAGUGUUGAUGAUUGUAUAAAUGGAUUAUACUCCGUGAGUCCUGUUUUGAACAGAAUACCAAAAGAAGAACUUGAAGAUUACAAACGUGACUAUGUGAAGUACGCAUUGAGAACUGGAGGAUAUUUCGAAGGAAAUGACGAAUUUGGAUGCAGCUUCAUUGGAAUAAAUUAUAAUCUAAUAGUCGCUUAUGCCAAAAAAUGAAUCACUUUCAUUGAUGAUAGUCAAGAUUCCAUUUUCACCCUGUACAUAUUUUCAAUAAUGGGUUUCAGAAAUAAAUAUGAUUUAGCAAUCGAA